CACUCUUUCCCACUCAGCAGCUGUGCUUGCUGUGCUCUACUCUACUGACUCUGCAUUAACCUGCCCUCUAAACUGCGCUCCACACCAGUACCACGGACUAAAGUACCGGUACGCACACCCACCAAACUACCACGCUACUCCAUAUUUCUCCCUCUCGAACUGGCUUAGCGGGUCCAUCGCCUCAUUCGGCAUCGGGGACUUGCCGUGCUGCUGCUGCCAAGAUAAAUAUCCCCUUCUGCCAAGAUAUAACUUCCUCAGCCUCGUCAUCGUGACCGAAGCCUCGUCGACUUUUAUCAGUAUCAUAUCAUAUCAUAUCCAUAAUCCAUGUCGUCCGUCGCAAAGGCGUCCUCCUAACAAUGAAGGAGUGGUCGCGAAUCCCCGUGUCGUUCCUCAAUCCGACAGCCCAGAGGCGUCCAAUUGCCCAGCCCUCGACGCGUCCCAAUGCUCCUGGUCUCGACGACGGCCGCCCAUCAACACAACCUCCAAGAGCCAAGACCGAGGCUGAUGGCAGCCAAAGAGUCCAAGAUGUCCAUCAUCUAUGGCGGUCGAGAGACAAUCGAAAAGGCAGGCACGCCAUAGCCGUCUCGCCCGCCGCAGAGGGCCAAUUCCUCGCCCCGCCACCCUCGAAUACCCUGCGACCAAUCCUCCACAACCUCUGGCGCAUGCUCACAUACUACCCCGUCUGGGACGUGUCCUACAUGGUCGCGCAAUGGUUCACCUGGGGCUCGGUAGUCUGGGUCAUAAACUCCUUCUUCGUCUGGCUUCCCUCCGUGCGCCCGUCUUCUGCCUUCCCAGGGGAAAUCACAAACGGCGGGGGCAUCACCGCCUUCAUCGGCGCGACCAUCUUUGAGAUUGGCAGUAUCUUCCUCAUGAUCGAAGCCGUCAACGAAAACCGCACACAAUGCUUCGGCUGGGCCUUCGAAGAAGCCCUCGAGGAGAACGGGCUCCUGCGCCUCCGUCCAAGCAGCACGAAUUGCACCCACCACCACCUCAACAAAAAGAACCUCGUCGGCAACCGCAAAAUCCCCCCAGGACAACCCCCCCAAGAAAAACCCUUCGCCCCAAAAAAAUUCGCCGAAGCCAAACUCCUCGAGACCUGGGUGUGGUUCCCCUCCCGCACCGAGCUGCGUCACCACUACCUCCGCGAAAUUGGCUUCCUCGCCUGCCUCGCCCAAUACAUCGCCGCGACGAUCUUCUGGAUCGCAGGCUUCACCGCCCUCCCCUCCAUCCAAUCCUCGCUCUCCCCGCGCGCAGUCGACGGCGCCUACUGGGCGCCCCAGGUCAUCGGCGGCUCGGGCUUCAUCAUCUCCUCUCUCCUCUUCAUGCUCGAGACGCAGGAGCGGUGGUGGAAGCCCGCGCCGCGGACGCUGGGGUGGUGGGUCGGGGCGUGGAAUCUGGUCGGGGCGGUGGGGUUCACGAUGUCUGGGGCGUUUGGGUAUUGGCAUGGGAGUAAAGGGGAGUAUGAGGCGGGGCUGGCGACGUUUUGGGGGAGUUGGGCGUUCUUGAUUGGGAGUGUUUUCCAGUGGUAUGAGAGUCUCGUGAAGCAUCCUGUGGAGAGGGAUAGGGAUGCUGGGAAGGAUGUUGUGGUGCCGAGGGGGGUGGGGGAGGUGCGUCGUGAUGUGGAGGGUGCGGAGGAGGGUGAUACGGAGUAGUGGUGGGGGUAUUUCAGAGAUAUUUUUGGGUUGGACAACGCGUAUAUUAUUUGAUGAUAGGUGUUUUCGGGGGUUAUUCGGAUCUAUCAACACGUAUAUACAUGUAUUGUAGCACAUCAGAUAUUUCGGGUUCGUUUAGGUUCGCCAUGGUCAUAUUUUAUAAAUAUACACAAGGUUGUGGUGCCGGAGCUGCUGUUUUUGGCUGUGGCGUUGGUUGCUUCUUUAUGCAGCCCUGAACACCCAAGACCUAGG